AUGCAAAACCGGUCUUAAUCAACUAGUAGACUGCGGUUCUCUUUUCUUCUCCUCUCCGAAACUGUUGCAGAGGUUUUAGGGUUCGGAGGUUGAUGAAAGAGGCGAUUGAGAAAGGAUUAUGAACUUUUCAAACGUUCUCAACUUCUUAUUUGCUGCUGCUAUUUGGUGUGCUGCUUACGCUGCUGUUGCAGUUACUAGGGUUUUUAGAUUCUUCAGUUUCUUUCGUUCUUCAUUCGUCAAUUAGUUAUAGAAAAAAUCUAGGGUUUUGGAAAUACACAUAGUUUAUUUUUAUCAUGGGUUACGCACAGCUAGUCAUCGGUCCUGCUGGUAGUGGAAAGUCGACAUACUGUUCUGGUUUGUACCAACACUGUGAAACAGUUGGGCGAAGGAUCAAUAUUGUGAACCUUGAUCCGGCAGCAGAGAAUUUCGACUAUCCUGUAGCUAUGGAUAUAAGAGAACUCAUAUCUUUGGAGGAUGUUAUGGAGGAACUUGGACUAGGUCCUAAUGGAGGACUUAUCUAUUGCAUGGAGCACCUUGAAGAUAAUUUGCAUGAUUGGUUGGACGAGGAGUUGGAAAACUACUUGGAUGAUGACUAUCUUGUUUUUGAUUGCCCAGGUCAGAUAGAACUCUUUUCUCAUGUUCCUGUUCUUCGUAACUUUGUGGAGCAUUUGAAGCGCAAGAAUUACAACGUUUGUGUUGUCUACUUGCUUGACUCACAGUUCAUGACAGAUGUGACCAAAUUUAUAAGUGGUUGUAUGGCUUCGCUUUCCGCAAUGGUUCAGCUUGAGCUACCCCAUAUCAACAUUCUUUCCAAGAUGGAUCUUGUGAGAGAUAAAAGGGGAAUUAACGAUUAUCUAGAUCCUGAACCAACUGUUCUAUUAGCAGAAUUAAAUCAAUGUAUGGCACCUCAGUUUCAAAAGUUGAAUAAAGCUUUGAUUGAACUAGUUGAUGAGUAUAGCAUGGUGAGCUUUAUGCCUCUCGACUUGAGGAAGGAGAGCAGUAUUAGACAUGUCCUAGCACAAAUUGACAAUUGCAUUCAAUUUGGAGAAGACGCUGACGUGAAGGUUAAGGAUGUUGAUCCAGACGACGAUGAAUGAUGAUGGCAAACAUCUAUUGACACUUUUUUUUGGUCGGAAACAAGCUUGCAGACCCAUGUUUUGAAGCCAAAAAUAUAUUAACAUUGAAGUACUUGGUACACAUUGAUUUGUUACAAUCCUACUUUAGUCUUGUCAAAGGAAGUGUAUCAAAAAGUUCCUCUGAACUUCAAUGGCAUUGUUAACUAAAACUCAAAUUCUCUUAUUAACCUCUUAAGGUGAAAACAAGAACCACAGUUUGUUUGUCUUGAGAUUGUGAUGUACAUUUUGUGAGUAGAUUUAUUAUUCAGGUCUGAAACA